GCUUCGAUAAGAGGUCCUGACCCAGCCAAAAAGAAAGAAAGCAACACGGCGAGGAAGAUGCAGCUAGACCCAGAUGCUUCAUCUCUGACGCUUGCUUUCUUGCUUAUCCUAAUGCUCUUGAGCUUCGGAGAAGAAGUGCGUAGUGCUGAUAACUAUACCAUAAACGAUUUCCCAGCUAACUUCAUUUUUGGAUCGGGCUCCACUGCUUAUCAGGUGGAAGGAGCCGCGAAUGAAGAUGGAAGAACUCCUAGUAUCUGGGACACCUUUGCUCAUGCUGGGAAUGCGGAUGGGGCCACUGGAGAUGUAGCCUGCGACGAGUAUCACAAAUACAAGGAAGAUGUGCAACUCAUGGUUGAAACAGGGCUUGACGCCUAUAGAUUUUCCAUUUCCUGGUCCAGACUGGUACCAAAUGGCAGAGGACCCACCAACCCAAAAGGGUUACAGUACUACAACAAUCUCAUCGAUGAACUUCUCAGCAAUGGAAUCCAACCGCAUGUAACACUACAUAACUUCGAUCUCCCGCAGGCACUUGAAGAUGCAUAUGGAGGUUGGGUGAGUCGUGACAUCAUAAAAGACUUCAGAGACUAUGCUGAUGUGUGCUUUAGGGAGUUUGGUGACAGAGUGAAGUACUGGAACACUGUUAACGAACCCAACGUCUUCGCUUUAGGAGGUUAUGAUCAAGGAGCCCUACCACCUCAGCGAUGUUCGCCACCAUUUGGUUUAGUGAACUGUACUAAGGGCAACUCAACGACUGAGCCCUACUUGGUAGUUCAUCAUGUUAUGCUGGCACAUUCUUCGGCUGUCAGGUUGUAUAGGAGAAAAUAUAGGAACAAACAGCAAGGAUUUGUGGGUAUCAGUGUUUAUACAUAUGCGUGUAUUCCUCAAACUAAAACAGAAAAAGAUGUGUUGGCAGUUAAAAGAGCCGAUGAUUUUCUCGUUGGCUGGGUUCUAGAGCCCUUGGUGUACGGAGAUUAUCCUGCUUCCAUGAAAGCCAACGCAGGAGCAAGGAUUCCUGCCUUCACAGAUCGUGAAUCCAAGCAAGUUAGGGGUUCAUGUGAUUUUAUUGGCCUUAUCUACUACACCACUGCUAAUGUAUCAGACAAUCAAGAUUCACUGAAGCAGGAGUUUAGAGACAUCGGUAGAGAUAUGGCUGCAAAUAUAAUCUUUGAAGCGGAUCUGUUUACAGAAGAAGAGUACCCAAUCAAACCAUGGGGUAUACGGCACGUGCUGGAAACAUUCAAGCUCCUCUACGGGAAUCCUCCUGUAUUCAUUUAUGAAAACGGUCAAAGGACGGCUCGCAAUACAUCACUCGAAGACGUUUCAAGGGUGAAAUACCUGCACGCACACAUUGGAGGCGUGCUUGAUGCCUUGAGGAAUGGGUCAAACACGAGAGGGUAUUUUGCGUGGUCUUUCCUUGACCUGUUGGAGUUACUUGACGGAUACAAAUCCGGCUUCGGCCUCUACUAUGUUGAUCUGGAUGACCCUCACCUCAAAAGAUACCCAAAGCUCUCCGCCAAGUGGUACUCUCGGUUUUUGAGGGCUAGAAAUGCCUCCUCCAUCGUCUCACCUACCCAUCUUCAUCGCGACGAGGAUCCAUCUCUUCUACGUGUCGCGCAUUUAUUUCAGUAGGAGAAGGGUGGGGGUGUUGAGUUUGUUCGCAUUAUUGUUAUCACCAUGGUUGCUUCCCCGUCC